AUGGCAUCAGGUAGAUCAACAAUCAUCCGGCCCCCGCCGGAUGACCCGAACAAGAGUCCGAUGGAGAACGUAUUGGAGGUGACGGAGCUCGGCGUGCUUGGUCCGGACAUCUUCACGAACACGCGCACACCGUGGCACCCGCCCGGCGCCCGCGGCAUCUUUGGCGGCGCCGUCAUCGCGCAGUGCCUUGCCUCCGCGCAGAAGACGGUACCCAACGACUUCUUUCUUCACUCGUGCCACUGCUACUUUCUCCUCGCGGGCUCCUCCGAGAUCCCCAUCCUCUUCCACGUGGAGCGCGUCCGCGACGGCCGCUCCUUCGCCACGCGCACCGUGCAGGCCCGUCAGCGCGGACGGUGUAUCUUCACGACGACCGUCUCUUUCGUCAAGGAGGGCAGUGGCGGCGAGAAGCAGGUCCGGCACGCGGCGCCGCUGCCCGACGGCGUGAAGCCGCCCCCGGACAACUGGAAGGGCGAACCCGAGUGGAGCACGCACUCGCCCUUCCAGACGCACCGCAUCUCGAUCGUUGGGGCCAGGGACAAGGGCAAGAGGCUCGACGAGCUGAAAUCGCGCAACUGGGUCCGCGCGCGGGGCCGUAUCUCGGUGAGCGGCGGCCACCAGGCGCACCUGAACGCGCUGGCGUACAUGUCGGACAGCUAUUUCAUCGGCACCGUCGGGCGGAUCCACAGGCUGUGGCGGUUCCCCUUCAAGCCCGAGGAGUUUGACGACCUGCCGCCCGAGCUGCGGGAGCAGGUCGAGCGGCUCAACGAGUUUGAGGGCAACACCGAGGCCGGCGGGAUCGAGUACUGGAAGACGAGGCCGCACCUGGGCAUGAUGGUCAGCUUGGACCACUCCAUCUACUUCCACGAGCCGAGGCGGGUGAGGGCGGACGAGUGGAUGUUUACCGAGAUGGAGAGCCCCUGGAGCGGCGACGGACGGGGCGUGGUGCUGCAGAAAAUUUUCGCGAGUGAUGGGACGCUUUUGGCGACUUGUGUUCAGGAGGGUGUCGUUCGAUUGAAACAACAGGAGGACGAUGACGAAAAGGAACCAAAGUCCAAGUUGUAG